AUGGGCGUCGAUACUGGCUACGAUGGUCCUUACGGCGGCACUCGGUUAUAUCCAAUGUCAGGUGGCUCUAGUAGAGCACCCAUUGACUUGACCGACAGCCCACCCAAGAAACGCAGAGGCAAGCGCAAGUCCGCUGACAUCGAUGACUUCGCCAACGAACCUCCCAAGAAGCGCAAGACGAAGCGGAAGAGUACAGAUGAUGCCGAAGAUGGCGCUUUCACCAGCGAAGUUCCCAAGAAACGCAAGAUGAAGGGCAAGAGCACAGAUGACGCCGACGAUGGUGGCAGGCCAGUCAAGAAGAAGGCCAAGUCAAAGAACGAAGAGAAACGUCUGAAGCGAUGGCGGGACAAGGCACCUCAGUCUUACGGCGAGAUUCGUGGCCGCGCCUUGACGCAGAGGAUGUUUGUGGUUGACCGCCAGCGACACGAUGCGACCGGCGAAGGCGAACUUGCACAUCCCACAGAAGUCGUGAAACUCGCAGGCACGACCGGCAACAUCUACACCAUCACCAUCGACCGACUCCCUUCCUGCGAUUGUCCACAUGCUCGCAAAGGCAAUCAGUGCAAACACAUCGUCUACGUCCUCGCACGCGUCUUACGUGCACCAGCACACCUCGAAUACCAACUCGCCUUUGUGUCAUCCGAGCUCCGCGACAUCUUCGAGAAAGCGCCGCCACUACCCUUCGAAACAGCCGACGAUAGCGCGAAAGACGGCAACCGGAAAGAGCUGACAGACUGCCCCAUUUGCUGCGAAGACUUUGAGCCAGAGAACAGUAACGAGAAGGUGGUGUAUUGUAAGGCGGCUUGUGGGAACAACAUACACGAGGAGUGCUUCAAGCAGUGGGCAGCAACCAAGGCAGGUGGCAACGUGACCUGUCCGUUCUGUCGCACACCUUGGGACUUUGGUGGCGAUGAUCAGGCAAUCAAGAUGGUCGCGCAGAGCGGCAGUCUCAAUGCGGAGGGAUAUGUCAAUGUGGCGAGCCAGCUGGGAUUGAGUGGUCGGCGGGAUUACUCGAGCUACCAUGAGUAUUGGGUGCGGCGGCGGAUGAGGAAUGGGGAGGAUGUGGGCGAUUAUGAUGAUGGAUGGUGA